AUGGGCCGGUAUGUGGAGGUGAAUCCUGACAAACUGUCAUCAUCGGACCUGGCUGAGAAGGCAAAGGGUGUACAGCGGAAACCAGUCCUUCUCUCCGACCCAAGGAUGAAGCUGGUUGUUGCAACCCACGUCGACAUAAACCUCGGCCAGUACUUCAAAAAGUUAAUAAUCAGAGAAAUCGCUGGAGUGCAGGUGUGGGAUGCCGGCAAUGAUGUCAAGGAGUAUAUUGAGGACGCCGAGAAGCGCCUUCAUGAUCAAGUGCGAGCCACCAUCGGUCUAGCUCCAAUCUUGAAGAUGCCAGGAAAUUACGCGAGGGCUCUCUUUGACGCUAGCAAUGAAUCAACCUUUCUCGAGCUCAUCCCCAACCAAGACAGAAAGAGUAAUCUUCAGUCAGUUCUAAGAGAUUUCUGCUUUUUAAGGAGGAUUUAUAGGGAGAGAAACCAGAAGCUGAAGAAGUACUAUGUUUCCUGGCCGAACUACAUGUAUCUCCAUAAAAUGAUUGAGCAUGUGCAAGAAGUACUGGAGGAUCCACAAGGUCCUGGCAGCAUUGGUUCACUCAGUGGAGAAGGAAAUGAAGCUGCCAACAAGCUUUUCAGACAUCUUAGGAAACAUGCAGCAUGGAGAGGAGUUAUGACGGACUGA